AAAGUGGGGUGAUUAGUCCAUUUGCCCACAUGCCUGCCCCACAUAUCAUCUGAGAUGUGUGCCUAACUCACGCCUAACGCUGCCAUCAAGCAUUCAAAACUUACUUCUUCAACACGCGAUCAUUGAUUGAUAUGGACUGGCAUACUACACCACAAACACCGUAACCGCUUUCAUACAACUCCAGUCUCGUCUCGGUAUCCAACACUUCAGCUUGAAAACCAUCACAUUGCCUUCCAGAUUGAUCUCAUGCCCGAGAAAGACCGGACCAACGACGGAGACUUUGAAUACAUCGAAUACCAUCACUUCGAGGCCGUUCCUUAUGAUCGACUGAUGUCCUGGAAAGGGGGCGAAGGAACUAUCAAUUGGGGUCAUGGCGGUGUUAUUCGCAAGAGAGCGAGUGAGCCACUUGAUGAUCAAGAUCUUCCCAAAGAUACUGGAGUUCUUGUAAUGAAGGCAGACUUCAAAUUGGUACCUAAAUAGGGAAAAGAGAACCAAAGAGCUCUUGGCCUGUUGAGAACCGAAGCAUAAUAAACAACCUAUAAUCCUCGUCCUCGUCGCCGCCGCUCUCUCCCGCAACGUGGAGACGCACAGCAUCGGUCAGAUGGUGUUUCUCCUGUGCCCUCUUGAAACUCAUGCUCAUGCCAAUAUAUAAGAAAUUGCUGAUCGUAAUUUGGAGUCUGGAAACGUCCGGCAUUCUCGCUAUAAACCAGCUAUCUGUGUCCAAAAAAGAUGUGAACGCAGUGGGGGAUUCCGCACCCAAAU